AUGAAUUCUUUCUUUUAUUUCCAAAUCAUCUAUUGCUUCGACAAGAUCCGUCUCCAGCGAACUGGACAAUAUUUGUUUCCUUUUCGUAUUCUCUCUUUCCAUAUCUUUCUUCCAGUCUUUCUUUCUUUCUUUUGCAUGCCUUUCACGCCUUUCUUUCUUUCUUUUGCAUGCCUUUCACCCCUUUCCACGUCUUUCUUUCUUUCUUUCUUUCUUUCUUUCUUUCUUUCUUUCUAUCUUUCUUUCAGUCUUUCUUUCUUUUUAGUUUCUUUUCCAUUUCUUUCUUUCCAGUCUUUCUUUCUUUCUUUCUUUCUUUCUUUCUUCUUUAUUUAUUUAUUUAUUUCUUUUGCAUGCCUUUCACGCCUUUCUUUCUUUCUUUUGCAUGCCUUUCACCCCUUUCCACGUCUUUCUUUCUAUCUUUCUUUCUUUCUUUCUUUUAGUCUCUCUUUCCAUAUCUUUCUUCCAGUCUUUCUUUCUUUCUUUCUUUCUUUCUUUCUUUCUUUCUUUAUUUCUUUCUUUUUGCUCUCUUUCACGCCUUUCCAGUCUUUUUUUUUCUUUCACCCCUUUCCACGUCUUUCUUUCUUUCUUUCUUUCUUUCUUUCUUUUUUCUCUCUUUCAUAUCUUUCUUUCAUUCUUUCUUUCUUUUCUUUCUUUUCUUUCUUUCUUUCUUUCUUUCUUUCUUUCUUUCUUUAUUUAUUUAUUUCUUUUGCAUGCCUUUCACCCCUUUCCACGCCUUUCUUUCUUUCUUUUGCAUGCCUUUCACCCCUUUUCACGUCUUUCUUUCUUUCUUUCUUUCUUUCUAAUUUAUCAGCGAGCCCAGACUUUGUCAUUACCGAUUUUUAUUUUAUUUGCUUGUAUUUUUACAUAAAGUCUUAA